AUGUUCCAAACAACACUGCUCAUGUUGAUGCAUAGUGCGUCGGGCUUCACACAACGCCGUGCGAGGCGAUCCUUGAGGUCGCGGGUCUCGGCAAGGACGGCUUUGCGGGGCCUGGCGCGCAUGUUCCCCAGCUUGGUGACGUCGAUGUCGCGCGUCAUGGAUAGGCUGGACGGCUUGCAGAGUGUGCCGUCAAAAAGACGGUCAAGUAGACUCGCUGAUGAGGGCACCCAGCUCUGUGCCAAGGCCCUCAGAUACAGUUCUAGGCAGAGAAAUAAACUUCUCGAGAGGAAAGAUCGAAAAUGCAAGCCCUUGGCUCUAGCUUUGGCCUCCGCCUUUGUCCUCGCCGUGGGGCUCGCUGCCCUGACAGCCGAAAUCAAGCUCCCGUUUAUGAAUGUCCAUCUAUUUGGCGCAACAUUAGCGACUAAAAUGCUUGGAGGCGCGACUGAUGUUCUGGCAGGUCUGUUGGAUGUCAUGUAUUACGGUUGGCCACUCUCCCUCUACUUGUUUGUCACGAUGUUACAGUAUGGGUUCGAAGUUCAAAGCCUCCCGUUACGGCGUUUGGAACUGAAAGCCGACGCUCUGGCUUACAAACUCUAA